AUGACUGGGGUGACCUUUGAUGUUGCUCCUCUGGGUGAAGAGAUUUGCGCCUCGCUCGUCAGCGUGCGCCCUGUGGUUGACCGCCGAUCUGAAGCUCCUGGUGGCGUUCCACCAGCGAUGCCCAACUGCGUGAGAUUAGGGCUUGAUAAGCAUGACAAGGUUUCGCCGAAGUUCUUGUUGACAGUCGCCCUGCAGACAGCAGACCAGCUGCUGGAAAACAACGGUACGUUGUUCAGCCGCGAUCAGAUCCAGCUGCUGAGCCAAGGAGAACGUCCCACCGUCCGCCUGGACCUCGAAGGUGCGGACAAGUACGAUGACGCUAAGACGGCUGCUGAUGAGCCUGAGCGAGUCAAAAUGGCUCAAGGCAUCUUCUUGCGUUUGUUUAAAGACGGCCGAGUGGGCGGUGAAUUCAAAAGUAGCCGAGACGAACACCUAGAUGUGUUGGCCGUGUUGGAGAAACCGGUGGUGACCGUGUCUGACUUCCGUCAGGCGCUAGUUAAGGUCUACAGCGCAUAUGAGCCCUCGGGUGACUAUGUCUCGGGUGUCUGGAAGGGCAUCUGUCGCCCAAUGCUUAUGGGGAACUACCAGAUACCACAGGUAAAGGUUGGGUCUCCCUAUGAGGGGAAGGUGUGCCCACGUUGCGAUCCCGGUCCGCUGGUGAGCCUGCCGGCCGCUCCGAGCAGUUUGAUGGACACCAUAAGUUCGCGCAGGUGCGACUCGUUGUACAACAGUCCUGACAAGUUCGUUCCGGACAACCACAGCAUCCCGGUCAACGAGUGGAUCAUGCCUAACUUUAACAAGGUGUACACGAUGGACGGGGAGUGGCCCGUGUUGGGGGUGGUGAAUGGCGCUUGGGGAGCUCAUGCCGAUCGUGUGUCCAAGGCCGUGCAGGACGAAGCCGACAAGCAAGGCGUCGUCUGCACGCCAUUCCCCUGGCAAUGUACCUGGAAGCCAUCGACGCCCAGCGGGAGACGACCGGAUGGGUUCCUCGAGCUCAGCCAGAAAGACGCAGCCGCCAUCGUCCAGGCCGAGAUGGACGAGCACAUCAAGUACUGGCGUGUGGCUAACCUCGGCGACUUGAUCAAGUCCUACCGUUUGACUCCGCAACUCGUCCAAGAGCUAGAGAUACAGGCGGAACAACUCGUUAAGGAUGCAAGAGUCGCUGAAAGAAUAACGGACAAAGACGGACAUGCCGAGCGUCGUGCACCGAACCAACCCCGAGACGCCACGAAAUACCGCAAGCCCAGCAACGACGGCUGGUACAUCGGCAGUUACGCACAAGCCUACGUGGUACUGGAGUACAAUGAAGACGGCACAGCCUCCGAAAUGCGUUUUGCCACGGUUCCCACGUGUCUCAACGCCGAAAGCGGGGCCGAAGCCGCAAACAGACAGAGAGAUUUCUGGGUCCAAGUACGUAUUGAUGCAGCUUCCCAGGAUAAGAUCGACUACUGGAGUUGA